UUAACAACAAUAUAGGAGUUGAACAAUAAUUUUUAAUGAUGGCUGGCCUUGCGAGGAUGAGGAUUUUGAGUUUAACAAGACAAUUAGCAAGUUUGGGGCUGGGUGGAAGAAGACAUACUGGUAGCAGUGCUGUGCCGGCAAAAGUUCUUCCCUAUAGGAAAACUCGUGGUGAUGAUGAUGAUGUAAACAUGCAACAAAUUCCUGAUGACUUCAGGGUGGUGUUCCCAGAGUUUUUGCCUGAUCCAAAACCUGAAUGGAGAAACAGACUUCGUGAAAAGCUGGAACGACAAGAUAUGUUGGCUCGCAGGGCAGUCAUGGCAAUCCCUGAAUUUUACGUUGGUUCCAUAAUGGGUGUGACUGUUGCGGAUCCCAAUGCUUCAGGAAAAAUAAAUCGGUUUGUUGGGAUUUGUAUUCAGCGUGGCGGAACGGGCUUACGAGCUUGGUUUAUUCUUCGAAAUGUUAUUGAUCAUCAGGGUAAGGAAAUCAUUUGUAUUAUUUAUCUAUAUGAAUUCAGUACUGGUUUGGGGUCAUCAUCAUCAUCAUCAGGGUUAUCAGGAGCUGUAGAGGGCCUGGGUAAGGGAGAUGAUGGCAAGGAAAUGGAAGAGCUUGUAUGGGUACAGUUAAAGCCUCGUCCAUGGCAUGAGCGGUGGGAAAGAAAAAAUCUGCAAGGGUUGUUGGAUCUUGGGUUGCCUGAAAGAUUCUACAAGCGUGCUAAAUUGCAUGAGAAACCAUGGGAGAAAUUUGAUCUUAUGAAGGAAUACAGAGCAACAAUACCUGAGGAGGAGCAAGCUGACAUCUUCAGAGAAAUAUCUCCUCAUUAUGAACAGCUGGAAGCCUCAAGAAGAAGGGCAAAGAGAAGACGCACUAAAAUUAUUCGAUCUUAAUUAUUUCAAAUUUAUUGGCGUUAUUAUUUAAGAAAUUCAAAUAACUGGCAUAGGAUAUACUGCAUUAUUCAUUGUGUAAAAUAUAGCCCAUUUACACAAAGUACAGUGGAACCUCAAAUAUUGAACUGCUCCCAACUCAACCAAUUAUGUAAGUGUAUGUUUGUAAGUGCUUUUAUAAGUGUAUUUUUGAGAGUCUGAAAUGAACUAAUCUAAUUUACAUUAUUCCUGAUGGGAGUAAAUUCAUUCGGUAACGGCAGUCGAACAGCCGUCUGGAACGAAGAAAGUUCGAUAUUUGAGGUUCCACUGUAAUAUUAUACCAUCUUAAACUGAACAGUUCUGUAGGUCCCCCACUUAUGAUGUUUAUGCAUUCCUGAAAAUUUAUCAUAAGUUAGCUGUUCGGAACUUGAUAUCAAUUUUCCCCAUAGACAUCCUUGUUAUGAUCAGAAAUGUGUUCUUGAACCAUGAUAUUCCUAUGUAAUUUUAUUAUUUAAAAAUAUUUACCCAAUGAAGCAAGGGGCUAGUAACCCUUUCUCCUGUAUUAAAUUUUAAAAGAGAAACUUUUAUUUUUUUUUUAGGUCACCAUUGCCUCAGUGGGAUACGGUCAGUUUGUUGAAAAAAAAAAAAUACCAAAUAUUUUACAUUCAGUACUGUUUCAUUUACUUGCAGGUAAUACUAAACAUUGUUACACAACCCGCAUGUAGGAGAAAAACUUAUGUCGAUGUUUUGGUCCAACUUGGAUCAUUAACUAGUCACAUACUAAUAUUGUUUGCAGGCAGCAGGAGUUGGAUUUUCUUAGAGACUGAGGUGGGGCAGUGGAAGGAGGGAAGGGGGGUGUUAAAUCCUUCCCUGCAGUUUGCUUCUCACAUUUGACAUCCAAUCCAAGGAGAGAAGGGAGGGAAGGAGGGAGAGGGGUAUUGGCAGCAGAGAUAUGCCUCACUCUCUGGCUUUACAGUACACACUAAUGCCAUUGUGAAAAAUGUAUUUUUAAUUUCUGCAAUUUUUGACCAGUCUUUUCCAAACUAAUGUAAACCAAACAUACAAGCAGGCUCUGGUCAUAUGGCUCCUAAGGUUCGUGAUCCCAAAUGAUAAGCAAAAAUCGCAGGUAGGUGGAAAAGAGCAUUUUUUCAUUAUCGAAUGCAUCUAAAAUGCCUGAUAACGUGUUUACACUAUCAUAUAGUAAGUACCCAGUACAGUUAGGCAUAUAAAAGCAUGAAAAAGUAAAAUAAAUACACAGUACAUACAAUACUUACCUUAAAAUGUGGCGCCAUUCGUCCUUCCCUUACACAAUUUUUGUGUGAUAAUGGCGGAAAAGCGGUAAAAGCAACAAACGUAAUGAACAAUGGCUCAGUUGAAAGCCAAUGAAAACAUGGGACACCGAAAAGUGGGAACUGUAUAUAUGAGGCCUUCCUGUAUAUACCUAGCAUGAACAUAGACAGUACGUAUAUCAAUACCCCAUGAUAAAAAAAUAAUGGGAAAAAAUAAAUGUGAUAUAAGUUUAACAAAAUUAUGAUUUAAUCUACAGUUCUUGAUCUAUAUUUACCAAACAAAAUUAAACUCUCCACACAUGCUUAUGAAGGACAUACACAAAAUAUGAAUGUAUUUGUUGAAAAAUAAUAGAAAAGAUAAUUAUUAAAAAAAAAUUGUUUCAGUAGUUUCUAUUAUUGUAACUGUGAAUCAACAUUUUUGUUGUUGGCUGGUUCUAAAGUACUGUUGUCUUAUAAAUGGAAAACUAGGACUCUGUUGUAUACAGUUAUGCUGUAGUAUUAUACUGACAUAUAUGAGGUUGGGGAAAUUAAACGAGGUUGGGGAAAUUAAACUAUAAGUUGUAGCCUUUUUUUUUUUUUUUUUUUUUUUUUUUUUUUGAUAAAGUUAAUAUCGAGCAUAACACUUCUGUCAGAUCUAAAGCUAAUGACUUUAAAUUAAGGAUUUGCUUGCUAAUGGAUUCAAGCAUCACUCAUUCUGUGAUUUGAUAAAUACAGGUUUUUUCUUCCAAAUCUAAAGCUAUUAAUUUUAAGUAUAGGAUUAAGUAAUUAGUCUGUACAGUAAAUGUUCUAAAACUUGAUAAAACACAAUAUUUGAAAAAAAAUCUAAAUUUAAACCAGCUCUGGCAUGUUUUGUGAUGAAAUAACAUUGUUUUUAAAAUAUUUAAGAAAACUGGAUAAAAUAAUGAUAAUAUUUAGUCAAUAAAGCAAUUUGCAUACUUCAGAAAAAGAUUUCAGGUUUAGUGCUUGGUUAUAUUAUUUUUAUUAUGUUUUUUUUUUUUUUAAACAUAUCAGCUGGAAAUGGGAAGUACAAUGCCUGCACUUUAAAGGAGGGGUUUGGGAUAUUGGCAGUUUGGGGGGAUAUGUUGUGUAUCUCUAUACGUAUAUGCUUCUAAACUGUUGUAUUCUGAGCACCUCUGCAAAAGCAGUGAUAAUGUGUGAGUGUGGUGAAAGUGUUGAAUGAUGAUGAAAGUAUUUUCUUUUUGGGGAUUUUCUUUCUUUUUUUUGGGUCACCCUGCCUCGGUGGGAGACGACCGACUUGUUGAAAAAAAAAAAAAAAAAUCAGCUGUUUCCCGCCAAGGCAAAAUUUUUAUUUUGUCAGAGUGAAAAAGUUUGUAGACUGGUUGGUGUAUACAUGUGUGCACAGUUAUUUCCUUAUAUAAACAGUAGUUCUAGUGCAUAAAUGUUGAAGUUUAUCAAAAAUAAUGUGAGAUUAGUAUGUGGGGGUCAAGUAGCAGCAUAGAGCAUUAUUUUUUAAGUCAAUGGCUGAUCUUGAGAAAGAAAAAUGUCUGAUAUUUGUCAUUACUGUAGAUGAUCCAGCAUCAAUAUAGUAUCCUGCUUGCUGGCAUGUUCAAAAAUUUUUAAUAUUUAUUUUAUUCAAAUAUCAUCUUUACUCCAUAUUUUUUUUCCCCCAACAAACCAGCCAUAUCCCACUCAGUAGAGUGACCUAAAAAGAAAAACAAAAGUUUUUAAAUUUAGUAAUUUAUACAGGAGAAGGGGUUAUAAUUUUUUUUUUUUUUUUUUACGUCGGCAGUCUCCCACCAAGGCAGGGUGACCCAAAAAGAAAGAAAAAAUCCCCAAAAAGAAAAUACUUUCAUCAUCAUUCAACACUUUCACCUCACUCACACAUAAUAUAUUUUAUGCUAAUUUAAAUUUUGUAAUUCAUGUAGAAGAAGGGGUUAUAAAUAUAUUUUAUGAAAAUUAAAAAUAAAAGGCUUACAUGGUGUAUAAAUUGGUCAAGCAGGUCAGUACCCUCAAGGAACUCCCAUAUUUGAUCACCUGAAGAAACCGUAGUGGUGUGGGCCCUGGAAGGUGCUGGCUUUGAAGAGCUCACUGUGCGUAGAUAAGUUUUUAAUAAAUGAUGGUAAAUGCAUUUCCUGUGGGUCAUCUUUGUUGUGUAAAUGGCUGAUGUAGUUAAAAGUUUAAGUGAUUGCUUAUAUGUAGAAAUAUAGCUACAUAUAGUAGUAUACUGUAUACAUAUUGUUUCUCUUCAAUAGUGUCUCCCACCAAGGCAGGGUAACCCAAAGAAGGAAACACAUUCACCAUUGUUUAUUCACUUACCUUCAUAACAAAAGCAAAAUACACGUCACUAAUAUGGUUGACUGGCAGGCAAGCUGUGAAAACGGAGGGAAUUAUCACCUGCAUGAAUGCAGUAAAAUAUUUUUAAUAAUUGAAUUAAGUUAUGCUGAAUUAAUAACAUGAAUACUUUUCAGAUUAUUUAAUAGGCAUUUGAAAAUUGUAGCUAAAAUUUAUCGUAACAUUACAGAUUAAUUAAGGAAGAGAGAGAUGUGGAUCAAUUAGUUAUGAUAACAUAUUAAAUAAUAAGGGACUGUAUUUUUUGGCUGUUUAGUAAGGUCUUUUUAACUUGUGGUAAUUGCAGCUUAACAAUGCAUAGGUGCAUAAUUGGUAUAAAUAUUUAUUCUAACAAGAUUAGAUUAAUAAUUGAGGGGAAAAUUAUAAUUUAGGUUAUUGCAACAGUAAAAUUCAAUAAUGGGAGGAAAUGAACAAACAUUGAUAAUGAUUAGAAAAAUGUACAUAUUUUGGUUGGUUAAGAUGAUUUUUUUUUUUUUUUUUUUUUACUCAUUGGAAAGUGCAAAAUCAAUGGGGGUUAUAGAUCUAAGAGAGGGGAAGGUAUUUCUUAUUUUUUGGUUCAAGAAUCCUUCAGCAUCAAGGCACUUCAUUUAAAGAAUAUGAACUUUGAACAUUUUGUGUUGUGUUAGCCAUAUAUGAAGCACUGUGCACACAGUUUCUAAGAAUACUGGUGUUAAGCACAGGCCACUAAUGCUUGUGUGGGCACUCUCUAUAGAUGCAAAAUAUUUUGAAAACUGGCCUAAACCAAUCCAGUAUAAUAUAUUAAAGUUGCAACUGUUUUCAUGGAGGCACCACAAAGUAGUCAUCAGUCUCAUGUGGUUUUUUUUUUUUUUUUUUUUCAACAAGUCGGCCGUUUCCCACCGAGGCAGGGUGACCCAAAAAAAAAGAAAGAAAAUCCCCAAAAAGAAAAUACUUUCAUCAUCAUUCAACACUUUCACCACACUCGCACAUUAUCACUGUUUUUGCAGAGGUGCUCAGAAUACAACAGUCCAGAAGCAUACACAUAUAAAGACACACAACAUAUCCCUCCAAACUGCCAAUAUGUGGUUACAGUAUUCAAUUUUAUUUUCCAUACAAUGGCCGUCUCCCACCAAGUUAGGGUACCCUGAAAAAGAACAAAUGUUAAGUUUGUUAAGUUUCCUUUUUAUAUUUAGUAAUUUAUACAGAAGAAGGGGUUAUCCCCUUGUUUCCAGCAUUUUAGUUGCCUCUUUCAACACACAUGGCUUUUGGAGGAAGGAUCCUUCUCUACUUCCCCAUGGAGAGUAUUCAAAAUACCAAAAAAAUAUAUGAUAGGAAAAUUGAAAACUUGUAUUUUGGUAUCUUAAAGAAACCUUUUAAUAAGCUUUCCAUUACCUUGGAUGAAACCUCAUUGCCUCCCUUGAUGUUCUUGCUAACAUUAUUUUUUGUUAAUUAUUAUAAUUGUUAUUGUUACAUAAAGAGCACAUAACCCAUCUAGGGUUAUGACAUGGUACAUUGGAUAAGGUAUGAACCUGCUAGUUUUAUGACUGGGUUGCUAUUAGUUUGAACCCCACUGCACUCAGUGAGAUAUUACUUAUAGUAUGUAAAAAUGUACAUAAAUACUGAUCUAUCUCAA